UGCAUUACUCGUAAAAACAAAAAUGCUGAUAAGAGCAAGAACUCUCUCUCCAUCAAAGCUUAAACCUUUCUUCUCUCAAUCCCUAACCCAGAAAAUCCCUAGAAAAUCCCAUCUCCAAAACUCCUUAAAGCCCUCAACUUUUCAAUUUUUUUCACUUUCACCCUUCUCCUUCACCUCCUCCUUCUCUUCUUCUCAACAACUGCCUCCUUCUCCUCCUCCUAAACAUUUGCUACUGAGCAGAGAUGGAAAUUACGAAGAAGCCACUCCGGUACAUGCCGUCUGUCCCGGCUGUGGGGUUCACAUGCAAGACCAGAACCCCAAACAGCCCGGCUACUUCAUCAAACCCACCGCCACAGCAACACAACAAACUCUUCAUAAAAUAAAAACUUCCCAUCUUGUCCCCGUUUCGACAGAACCCGAGUUUUUGGAUUCUGUCAAACGGGGCAAUAUCGUAAUUUACACUGAUCCCGAAACGCCUAACCCUAAAAUGCCCGAGAAGCCUGUGGUUUGCGCCAGGUGUCACGGGUUGAGGCAUUAUGGGAGGGUCAAAGAUCCGACGGUGGAGAAUCUUCUGCCGGAUUUUGAUUUUUAUCAUACGGUUGGGAGGAAGUUGAUGACGGCGACGAGGACGAGGUCGGUUGUGUUAAUGGUGGUGGAUGCAUCAGAUUUUGAUGGGUCGUUUCCCCGGAGAGUUGCUAAGAUUGUUUCCGAAACCGUGGAGGAGAAUUUGACGGCGUGGAUGGAGGGUAAAUCAGGUAAUUUACCUCGAGUAGUUUUGGUAGUUACAAAGAUUGAUUUGUUGCCGAGUUGUUUGUCUCCAACUAGGUUUGAGCAUUGGGUGAGGCAGAGAGCUAGAGAGGGUGGAAUUGAUAGGAUUAGUAAGUUGCAUUUCGUGAGCGCGGUUAAGAAUUGGGGGCUAAAGAGUUUGAUUGAAGAUGUGACUUUAUUGGCGGGAAAACGAGGGAAUGUGUGGGCCAUAGGGGCGCAAAAUGCAGGGAAGAGUACAUUGUUGAAUGCAAUUGCCAAGUGUGUUGAUAGUGGUGGAGAAAGAGGGAAGGUUGUUAGUCAUUUGACCGAGGCGCCUGUGCCUGGGACAACUCUUGGGAUUGUGAGAGUGGAAGGAGUUUUACCGGCUCAGGCGAAGCUGUUUGAUACUCCGGGUUUGUUGCAUCCUCAUCAGAUUACAACAAGGUUGACUAGAGAAGAGCAAAAGCUUGUCCAUGUUAGCAAGGAGUUGAAGCCGAGAACGUAUAGGAUUAAGGCAGGUCACUCGGUUCACAUUGCGGGGCUCAUGAGGCUAGAUGUUGAAGAAUUAUCGGUGGAAUCUAUUUAUGUCACUGUAUGGGCGUCACCUUACCUUCCAUUGCACAUGGGGAAAACAGAAAAUGCUACCCGAAUUCUAGAGGAGCAUUUUUGCCGUCAAUUACAGCCACCAAUUGGAGAGAAACGGGUUGAAGAGCUUGGAAAGUGGGUGAGGAAGGAAUUUCGUGUCUCUGGUAAAAGUUGGGAUUCAAGUUCUGUAGAUAUUGCUGCUGCUGGACUUGGUUGGUUUGCAAUUGGACUUAAAGGAGAAGCAGUCUUAGGUGUUUGGACCUACGAAGGAGUUGAAAUUUUCCUUCGCAAUUCUUUGAUAUCUGAUAGAUCUCAGGUUUUCGAAGUUGCAGGAUUUACGGUCUCAAAAAUUGUCUCCAAAGCUGACCAAGCACUAAAUAAACCAAAGAGACAAAGUGAAACUAAGAGGAAACGGGGAAACCCAGAAGGAGAAAUACCUACUGAAUCAUCAUUAUUAACUGUUGAUUCAGGAUCAAGUUCUUGAUAAGAACAGCUGCUCUGGAAGUUGAAAGAUCUGACGGUACAGAUAAAGAUAACAACACUCUUAAGCCACAAAUGGAUCUAUCAGUGCUUUUUCAACUUGGACCAGAUAACAAUUUAAUUUUGGAACUUUUCUUUCUCGAUCAGUAAUAUCAGGAAGAUUCAAUUUCUAAAUGGUCCCAGAGCUACAAGGAACCUCAAAAUGCAGUACAUUUUGUGUGAGACAUGGAUUUGUCGGUAAAACUAAUCGGUAUGUAGCUCCCUCUGCUUCUUGUUUUUUAGAUAAUUUUAUGUAUGCAUCAGUCCAAUGUGAAGUUUCC